AUGACAAAGAGGCGACUUAAAUCCCACUUUCCAUCCGGUGUCAACAAUUCAUUGGGAAAGUCUUUACUUAACCAGGCUAGAACCAAAUCAUCUUUUAAUGAAAAACAAUCAACCUUGGAUGCUGGAAAAUUUGACUCGCGAACUCAUGAAUCGAGUGUUCAGGAAAUUUUAACGAAUUAUGAACUAGCUAACAAAAAUUUCGAAGCCGAAAGAAGUGACCUUAAAAUUAUCGGUUCAAAAGGAGAUACCACUCUUUUGGAAGGUUUGGAAGAACAAAAUUUGGAUGAGCUUCAUGUAAAAUAUGGUCAUUUGUUAAGUAUACCGCGUAGGCCAAAACCUGAUACCUAUCAAACUGCAGAGGAGUUGGACUCUCUCGAGACGUCACAAUUUCUCGAUUGGAGACAAAAAUUGGCUAAACUUUCCGAGUAAAAUUGUUAUAACUCCAUUUGAACGAAAUUUAGAAGUAUGGCGUCAAUUGUGGCGUGUAGUAGAACGGAGCGAUGUUAUUGUACAG